AUGUGGAGCCGCAGUGCUGCAAAAGUUAAGAAGCUUCCUGAUAUCGGAUGCCAGCUCUUCGUCUAUAUCAACAGGCUCGACGGAAUCCAGGAUGCAAUCACAAGGCUCCUCAACCACCUCACUUACAAGUCAACAUGUCUUCCUGGACCAGGCGCAGAGAUCUUCAGAGCAAUGGCAGCCAAGGAAGAGCCCUGCUUACUGCAGUGGCGUCGUUCGGUGAAGCUGGCAAUUACAAGAUUGAAUCUGUUGUCCAAGGCAAGGCAACACCACUUGAUGUCGCUCUUACAUUUGUUGAGAAUAUUAAUUUUAUUAAUUACAUCUUUUUUAUAUAAAUCUUGUAAGAUGAUAAUAUCUUGUUUUAUGCAAAAUUUAUACAAGAAUUUUUCAAAUGGAAACAUUAGAAAAAUUUUUGCAAUGAGGAUGACAACUCUCCAAUAA